GUUCUGUAUUUUUAUUUUGAUAUCAAUCAAAUAAUCUGCAUAUCAUUACCUUGAAUAAUUAUCUAAUAACAAUUAUGGAGACAAAUCUCCAGCACGAAGACUUGUUGAUUAAACUCCGCAGCAAAUUAAACGAGGAGAAAAUAAAAUUAUGGGAACCACCGUACUUGAAUGCCGACAAAACAUUUUCACCAAGCUUACAGGAAUUAGCUAAAAAGUAUGCUGCUGAUCUGGCACUUGAUCCAGAACAUGUUCUUAAUGCGUUGCAUGAGUUGCAACUUCACUCGAUGGACAGAGUUAAGGCCAAUGAUGAAUUUAAAGAGACGGGAAAGGCAACCUUCAGGGUUAAAGUGAUAACACUGAAAGAGAAACCCAAGAUCAUAAAGAUACAGAAGAUGUUGAAUGUACUUGGAACAGAUUUGAUUAAUGCUGUUGCUAAUGAACUCGGAAUACAAGGGUCGAGAUUGAAGCUCAUCUCCAAUGGCCAAAUAGUAAAGCAGAGUUUAAGUCUUCAGGAACAAAAUCUCAAAAAUGGCAACCAGCUGAUGGCUCUGGUUCUAGAUACAACUCCAGAGGAAGUGAAAAAAGAAGACAAAAUGUAUAUAGAGAUGAAAAAAACUAGAGAUGACGCAGCCUUACUCUCGGAGUAUGUACAUGACGUGAAUGAUGAUGACGAUGAAUAUAUAAAGCUUGAAGACCAAUCAGGAAGGACGGUGGAGCUGCCUCCUGAAGAGAGGAAAGCCUUGCUAGUGGGGAUGGCGCUGCACGAACGAGGUCGGGCGGCUAUUAAGCAAAAAGAUUAUUCACUUGCUUUGAUCUUGCUUCUAGAGGCCGAUACGCACUUCAACGAGUGCCGUUCGUCGUUGCUGCAGACCGUGGACAACUGGGGCAUCCUCCAGCUGGACAUCGCGUGGUGCUACGCCGGUCUACGCAGCGUAGGCGCGGCCUCUGAUGCUGCACAUCGCCUGGCCGCCGCCGAGAGAGCGCUCAGCGACAGCUAUGGCAGGGACCAGCACCGCCUGCUGGCGCUUAAGGGCACUACCGCGAACGAACGUGUAUUACUUAUGAGGCUGUACCUGUUACAAGGGAUUGUGGCAUUUCACCAAAACAAAAGAACCGAAGCAAAGUUGCUGCUAGAGAAAGCAGAGAAAGAGUUGAAUGCAUUGAGGGUGGACGAGGAGGCCGUGUGCCGGCUGAUGGAGCUGGGCUGGUCGCGGGCGCAGGCGCGCGUGGGGCUGCGCGGCGCGGCCGGCGACCCGGAGCGCGCGCACCGCCAGCUGCUGCAGCGCGCCGCGCUGCGCCACAAGGCGCGCCAACACGAUCGCAACCUGAGACAGCAGCGUCUGCUUGGUGUCUGCGAGGACGGCUCGCCAGUGUUCGCGGAUUCCGUAAAGGCGUUAGUGGAGAUGGGCUUUGCGCGCAACCGUGCGAUACUGGCGAUACGGCGCUCCAACAACGACGUGGCAGAGGCUGUCAGAUUGCUACAGGAUCAGCCCGAUUUGUUUGGUGACUUGUCAGGGGAAGCGAGCACAACCAGUUCAGAAGGCUCCCCGGUCGAGAUCGACAAGGCGUUGGUGGCAGAGUUGGAGGAAAUGGGCUACAACCUGGAAGAGGCGAAAGCCGCACUCAAACUCUGCAACAACCAGGUGGAUGCUGCAGCAGAACUGCUGCUCUCAGGAAACUUAAGCAGUGGAAACCUGCACUUGGACGAAGAUGCAGGGAACCCCUCAACAAGCACCGGCGAGGCGUCUAAUAAGAAACAGAAGCAAGACCGAGAAAAAAUGAAGUUGGAACGCGAGAUGGCCCUGAACAGGUUGUCGUCCGCCAUCAAAACUGACGAGGACGACUAUCUGGACACCUCACUGCUAGAGGAGGAAGAUUACCUCGCCGAGUAUAAAUCUUUAUUGUAAGAAGAGAUCUCAACCCGCCUUUUUUGUGUAAAGGAAUUGCCAAAGAGUUCCGGAGCUAAAAUUAAGUAAUAUUUUAAUGUCUGUCUUCUGCUUCUGGGAACAAACUUCAUCUCAAAUUUAAGAAGAAUAAUUUUAACAUAAUUAAUAGAAUCAGGCGUUAAUUUGCGGAAAUCCAUUAUAAUCGGGUUGUUAUAAUCUAAUUUGCUUGAUUCCGCGUAAAGAAAGUAAGAAAAUUAUAUGUCCUGCCCAGUUUUAAGACACGUGUCGUAUUUUCGAGAGAGGGAUGGUAGUGCUGAGAUUGACGGCGAUGCGUAUAGUGCGCGCUAUUGAGGGAGGGGUGGGUGGUCUCCUUAAAACUGUGCAGUACACAUCAUUUUCUUUCUUUACGCGGAAUUAAGCAAACUAGAUUAUAACAACCCCAUAAUAAUUUUAAAGACUCAUUAUUGGGGUAAUACUAAUUAAGAACAAAGAAAUAAAAUAGUGAGAAGCAAAUUGGAUGGCUUAAUGCUAUCUCAUUCUACCCUCAAACUGACCUAUAUCCUUUUACGUUUCACUAUAAGAUAUUUAUAAUGGAGAGUGUACUAACAACUUCUAAUUUAAAUAAAAAGCACUUAGCAAUAACAGACAGGUCGGUAGUGCAGUGGCUUAGUGUUUAUCAGCGAUGCAACGUGUUCGAAUCCCGCGCGGUACAAGUGUUCAUAUGGCCUAAAAUAAUUGUUCCUCUAUAUGUUUGUCAGUGUGCAAUUUUAUAUGUAAAAUGCCUCCACGAUACUGGAGAGUGUGGGUUUAUACUCUUCCCCAACACUGAGUAUAUUUACAGCAAAAAUAAGAUUUAUUACUUUUAUGACUAAAUAAUUGAGUUAUAAUAAUAAAAACCCUGUGGUUCCAUUAAGUGUGUUAUCAGUAUUCAAACGGCUCCGUGGCGCAGUGGCUUAGCGAAGAGUUGUCGCACUGGGGGUUGCGGGUUCGAAUCCUGCACGAAACAAGUAUUUGUAUGGCCUACAAAUAAUUGUUCCGGGUCCUCGUGCAAUAUAUGUUUGUAAACUGCUUCCACAAUACAGGAGAAAAUCCUAGUGUGGGGGUAAUGUUUUUUUUAUUAAAGAAAAAAAAGAAAACGUAUAGAAAUAAGUUUACUUCAGAAAACUCGACCAUAAGAAAAUUAAAUUAAAUUUUUAUUUGCAAAUUAUAUGUGGUUUUAUUACCUCUGACUUACACGCGCAUCGAUAAAGCGGAGUCUUUGACAAUACUCUUUCUCCUCGGCCAAUGCAGAGGUAACAAAACCACAUACAAUUUGGCAAUAUUUUUUAUGCCUGAGUUUUCUGAAGUUAUUUCUAUACGUUUGAAUACUGAUUCUAAUAACGCAUUUAAUGGGAGUCACAGGGUUUUUGUUGCAUGUAUGACUCAUCUCGACCUCGACUGAACUUAUGUGCAAUAUUAAAUAUGUCAACUAAAAAAAAAAACAUAUUUAUUGUCCACCAUCAAAUAACUACAUUUUGACAAGGUCCUAAGUUGAGGUGACUUGGCGAUAUUGCCAGGUAUACCCAUACAGUGCCAAGCUUUAGCAGCUAAGAAAAUUAUUUUAUUAGAGGCCGUUAGGUUUUUCUGGCGUUUUUUCAAUGGCCCAUAGACAUUUCGUUGUCGUUGUCACCCCUGAGGACUAAGAUAGAAUGCCUCCUUUCCAGUUAAAAGGGUCUCCACACUCAGCAUAUAAAAUACAGCAGCAUUGAGCUGAAAUUUUACUCUGGUAUUGUAUGAGAGCGUGGUCCUACCACGGUCACAGCAUAUCAUUCAGUUUGUAAUUUGUAUUAAUGGUUUUUAAAAGACCUUUCGCAACUCGUAAUGAUCAUGUUUCGUUCAUUUAUUGUGGUACUGUCACAGCUAUAAAUUUUAUUUACAACAUGGUCGACUUAAUGUUAGGAAUGACAAUCCCCGUACAGAGAAAGCUCAAAAUCUAGUAUUAAAACUAGAUGGCGCUGAUUCAUAUCUUGAAUGUCACUGAAUUAUUUAAAGCCAACAAAAUGCUUAAUUAUAGUGUAUAACAAAAGAUAUGAUUAAAUGUUAUCUAUGGAGCCGUACGAACCAGUACGAUCUUGUAUGACGAUAGUCAGUUCCUUUGUUUCAUACAUCAAUGAUAAAUGAUUUGUACCUAAUAUAGGUGAUUUUAUAAAAUGUAGUUCUCAUGUAAUGAGUUUGUAAUCUAUGUCUAAACGUAUUAUGUCAAAUAAAAAUAUGUAUACAUGA